CGCCCCGGUGCCAGCCCGGCGGCGGCGGCGGCGGCGCAGCGCUCCCGCCCCCGGUAACGGCGGCAGCGGCGGCCCCGGCGCGGCCCGGCCCGGCCCGCCAUGGCCAAGCAGUACGACGUGCUGUUCCGGUUGUUGCUGCUGGGGGAUUCGGGGGUGGGCAAGACCUGCCUGCUCUGCCGUUUUACCGACAACCAGUUCCACCCCGCCCACAUCUCCACCAUCGGCGUCGACUUCAAGAUGAAGACCAUCGAAGUGGACGGCAUUAAGGUGCGGAUACAGAUCUGGGACACGGCAGGCCAGGAGCGGUACCAGACCAUCACCAAGCAGUAUUACCGGCGGGCACAGGGCAUCUUCCUGGUGUACGACAUCGGCAGCGAGCGCUCCUACCAGCACAUCGUGAAGUGGGCGAGCGACGUGGAUGAGUACGCGCCAGACGGCGUCCAGAAAAUCCUCAUCGGGAACAAGGCGGACGAGGAGCACAAGAGGCAAGUGGCCAAAGAGCAAGGGCUGCAGCUGGCCAGGGAGUACGGGAUGGAUUUCUACGAGACCAGCGCCUGCAGCAACCUCAACAUCAAGGAGUCCUUCACGCGGCUGACGGAGCUGGUGCUGCAGGCACACCGCAAGGAGCUGGAGGGGCUGCGGGGCCCCCCCCCGCGCCCCCGCCUUGGCCCGCCUGGAGGAGGACGAGCAGCAGCCCCUGGGGAGCGAGGACAGCCCCAAAGGCUGCUGGUGUUGAAGCCUGGACCCCCCCUGACCCCCCCCACACCCUCCCCCAGGCUGUGUUGGGGGGGGGGCACGGGGGAGAAGGUGGACUUCAACGUCUUCCGGGGCCGCGUGGUCCUCAUCGAGAACGUGGCGUCCCUCUGAGGCACCACGGUGCGGGAUUACACCCAGCUCAACCAGCUGCAAGCCCGCUACCCCCGGCGGCUGGUCGUGCUGGGCUUCCCCUGCAACCAAUUUGGCUACCAGGAGAAUGGCACCAACGAGGAGAUCCUCAACAGCCUGAAGCACGUGCGGCCGGGGGGUGGCUUCGAGCCCAACUUCACCCUCUUCCAGAAGUGCCAGGUGAACGGGCAGGACACCCACCCCGUCUUCGCCUACCUGAAGGCUCACCUGCCCGCGCCGGCCGACGAGGCGGCACACCUGAUGACCGAACCUCGCUUCCUCACCUGGAGCCCGGUGCGGCGCUCCGACAUCUCCUGGAACUUUGAGAAGUUCCUGGUGGGUCCCGAGGGGGAACCUUUCCGGCGCUACAGCCCCCGCGUGCCCACCGCCCAGCUGGAGCCCGACAUCCAGCGCCUCCUCAAGCUGGCCAAGUAGGGCCGGCUCCGGCAUCGCCCCCCCCCGCCGGCCGGCUGCCACCCCUCCCGGACAGCCCCAGCCCUCCGCCGGGUGACGGCCCCCUCCGAAACUGCCGUGGGGAGGGGGCUCGAUGGGGGCAGAGGGCUGGGGCGACCGGGGUGGCAAGGGCUGGCGGCAAUAAAUGAGCCGGAGGGAGCA